UAAUGACCAACAUGAGCAAAAUGAAACACAUGCUCAACACGGUGUACGUCAUCCUUGACCUCAUGAUCGCCUCAAGACCCAUCCGUAUCUUCCACAUGCUCUUCCCAGUGAUGCUCGGCUCCAUCUACGCCAUCUUCAACGCCACCUACUUCCUGAACGACGGCACCAUCCUGGACGGACGGCACUAUGCUUACAACGUGCUGAACUGGAAUGUGCCAGCCGAGGCCAUUGUCACGUGCAUCCUUUGCAUAGCACAGACCAUCUUCAGCCAGAUCGUCCUCUACCACUUGGCCGCGGCGCGCGUUUGGCUGCACUCGAGGUUCUACGAGCCGCACGAGCAGCUGCCCGAACACGACUCGGAGAUGCAGAGCAUCAUGAGCGCAGACUCCACCACGUAUCUUGCCACCGAUUCUCAACUGGACGGCAGUAGCAGCACGGCCGGGGCCGUAACAGCGAGCAACAAUAUCCACUGAUGACCAGAAGCAAUGGCGGGGAAAAAAGAGAGCGAGCGAUGGGCCUCGCAAGGGGGGGGGGGCGGGUUUGUGUUUUGGUUUGGUUAAGUGAGACUCUUUGGGCAGCAUUAGGAAAAGGGUGGAAGAUUCUUUUUUUUUUUUUUUUUAUUUUUUUUUUUGUGAAGAGUUUGAUGCCGGGUGGGCGAUGGGUGGGUGGUGCUUGUCGUGGGUGCGAGGGUUUCGUGCUUUUGCAGUAUUUGGAGUCAGGCAUGACGUGAUGUCCGUGAGGGUGGCAACUCCCAAAGGCGUGGUCAUUUUGGAGUUUGGUAUGAAAGUGGAGGCAGUGAAAUAUAGGUAGGUAGGUUACUAUGAGACUGUGUAUGUGUGGGCUGGGUGGAUGUUUCUUUGCUAAAUUCCAAGUGAUACUAGUAGACGGUAGGUACUGUCUAACGAGGACACAUUAACCUUUGGA